CUCGUCCACGAUGACUCCUUCGAAUUCUUAUAAGAACUCCUUCUCCUUGUUCCUUUUCUUUUCCUCCAUCCUUCUCCUCGCUGACUAUGGCUAACGGGGCUGUCCCCAACGGAUCCGCGAAGGCGGCCGACCCAGAGGCCACUAAUCACUUCAGCGCGAACAAUCUCGCGCCGCUCGAUGCAUCGAAGGUCACCGUCACCCUGACGAAGUCGCCGAAACCCAUCCCGCCCGUCGAGGAGCUCGUCUUCGGCCAACAAAUGACGGACCACAUGCUGGUCGCGACGUUCGACCCCGCGCACGGGUGGUCCGCGCCCGAGAUCAAGCCGUACGGCCCGCUCUCGCUCGACCCUGCGAGCUCGUGCUUCCAGUACUGCCCGAACGUCUUCGAGGGGAUGAAGGCGUACCUCGGCCCCGACGGCGAACCCCGCCUCUUCCGCCCGGAGCUGAACAUGGCGCGCAUGCAGCGCUCCGCCGCGCGCGUCGCGCUCCCGCCCUUCUCGCCCUCCGCGCUCCUCGCGCUCAUCAAGCGCAUGGUCCUCCUCGAGCGGCGCUGGAUCCCCCGCGCGCGCGGCUGCGCCUUGUACAUCCGCCCAACCAUCAUCGGCACGCGCCCCGCGCUCGGCGUGUCCGCGUCCGACCACGCGCUGCUGUACAUCAUUCUCAGCCCGAUGGGCCCGUACUUCCGCACGGGCCCGAAGCCGAUUAGCUUGCUGGGUGUGUGUGAUGCGGUGCGCGCGUGGCCGGGGGGCACAGGCGGGUAUAAGCUGGGGCUGAAUUACGCGCCGGGGUUCGAGCCGCAGAAGCGCGCGGCGCAGAAGGGGUAUAUGCAGGUGCUGUGGCUGUUCAAGGAGGGCGAGGGGAGGGGGCUGGAGGGACUAAAGGUCACGGAGGCGGGCGCGAUGAACUUCUUUGUGGUGGUGAAGCGGGCGGACGGCGACCUGGACGUGAUCACGCCGCCGCUGGACGGGACGAUCCUCCCGGGGCUCACGCGCGACUCGUGCCUCGCGCUCGUGCGCGCGCACACGCCGUCCACGCGCGCCCUGCCCGCGCUCCCGCCAGCAACACGCGUGCACGCGCACGAGCGCACGCUCACCGUCGCGGACCUCGUGCGCUGGUACGCCGAGGGCCGGCUGCUCGAGGCGUUCGGCGUCGGCACGGCGGUCGUCGUCGUGCCCGUCGGGCGGAUCGGGUACGAGGUGGAGGUGGCGGGGAAGGAGGAGAAGGAGGUGCGGGACGUGUUGUUGCCGGAGUACGAGGGCGGGUAUGGCCCAGUUGCGAGGGCGCUGUGGGAGCGCGUGGUGGAGAUCCAGGAGGGGCGGGCGGAGUGGGAGCGGUGGAGUGUCAGCUGUGAGGAGGAGGCGUAGAAGAAUAGAAGUAAAAGUAUAUAAUGUAGAAUUUAUGGGCGGGUGUAAUGCAUAUAUUUUGUUUCAUUCCAGACUCUAGGGGGAACGGAGCCCUUGGGAGUCUGGGA